ACACACACACACACACACACACACCAGCAUCGAGGAUGAAGAAGCGCAUUGACCGCCGUGUGCGGACACUCAUCGAAAAUGGCGUGCACACGCGACAGAGGACAUGCAUGGUGCUUGUGGGCAGCAACGCCAAGGACCAGGUCGUCAACCUCCACUUCAUGCUGGAGAAGGCCUCCCUGCGUGCCAAACCAUCCGUGCUCUGGUGCUACAAGAAAGACCUCGGCUUCACCUCGUACGUUUACAGUUUUGUGAUUGAUGAGGCUGCUGCCAUUCCACUCCCACUGGUCAAGGACCUCAUGGGCCCUUACAUUGUCUUUAUGGCGUCAACUAUCAACGGCUAUGAGGGUACUGGACGCUCGCUGUCACUCAAACUGAUCCAGCAGCUACGCAAGCAGGCUGGUGUGGCAGCAUCAAAGGGCGCCACGCACUCCAAGCUCCGCGAGCUCACCCUUGACAUCCCAAUCAGGUAUGCUGCCAACGAUCCCGUGGAGGCGUGGCUUAACGGCCUGCUGUGCCUUGACAGCACCAUCGCGCCGCCGUCUGCUGGCGCCUGCCCGCACCCGUCCGCGUGCGACCUCUACUCCAUUGACCGCGACACGCUCUUUUCCUACAACAAGGUCUCCGAAGUGUUCCUGCAGCGCAUGGUUGCCCUCUACGUCGCAUCCCACUACAGAAACACGCCCAACGACCUGCAGCUGUUGUCGGAUGCACCCGCGCACCGAGUCUUCUGCCUCCUCGCCCCAAUCACCAACCCACAGGAACUCCCAGAGAUCCUCUGCGUCAUCCAGGUUGCCCUGGAAGGUGAGAUUUCGGCCAAGACGGUCAGAGCGACACUGAAACAAGGCAUCAAGCAGGCUGGUGACCUCAUUCCUUGGACAAUUUGCCAACAGUAUCAAGAUGACGACUUUGGCCAACUGUCGGGUGCUCGUAUCGUUCGAAUCGCCACCCAUCCUGACUAUCAGGGCAUGGGUUAUGGAAAGCGCGCCAUUGAGCAACUGAAGGCGUUCUAUGACGGCAAACUUCUGGACCUCUCUGAAUCUGGCACGCGCGAGAAGAUUGAGGCCCACAGCUUGGAACUUCAUGAGGAGGACCACGAGUCGCUGACGCCGCGGAAGAACCUUCCACCGCUCAUUCGCAAGCUGGACGAGCUUGAGCCGGAUACGCUCGACUAUCUUGGCGUGUCAUACGGCGCCACGCCUUCCCUCUACAAGUUCUGGAAGAAGUGCGGGUUUGCGCCCUUCUACAUGCGUCAGACCGCUAACGAUCUUACUGGCGAGCACACGUGCAUCAUGCUCAACCCGCUGGAGACAGCGCGCCUGAACGGCAAGUGGCUUCGCUCCUACUGGCUCGAUUUCCAGCAGCGUUACAUGGUCCUCCUUGGCUCUGCCUUCCGCCAUUUUCCGCCGGCACUCGGUCUUGGUGUUCUCGAGCCCGUCCCAUGUGUUUCCCUGGAAGAUGACGAAGAAGAGGAGCAGAAACAUUUGCUGACAGUCGAUGAGCUGAUGACGCAUUUCACGCCACACGAUCUCAAGCGCCUCCAGGCAUAUGUCAACCAGAUGGCGGACUUCCACAUCAUCCUCGACCUCGUUCCACGCGCUGCACGAUUGUUCUUCACCCAGAAGCUGCCGGUGCGCAUCUCGCCAGCGCAGCAGGCCAUCUUGCUUGGCCUGGGUCUCCAACACAAGACGAUUGAGGACCUUGAGAAGGGCAUGGGUCUUGGCUCGGCGCAGCUGCUUGGGCUGUUCCGGCGUGCCGUUGAACAAAUCAACAAGGCGUUUAGGCGCCUCCGGGAAAAGCACAUUGAGGCACAGCUGCCAAAGACACGGCUUGAGUUUGCUGGCGAGGCUGUUGAGGAGAACCUUGAAGAGCAGCUGGAGGAGGCUGGUCGCGAGGAGAUGAAGAAGCUGGAGGAGGAAGAGCACACCGAACAAGUCGACCAGGAGCGAAGAGAGCUGCUGCUGCAAACGUUCUCCAAGUACUCGAUUGACGUGGAUGAUGAGACGUUCGAGAAGGCUGUGAGUGGCAAGACCGAAGUCAGUCGCGUCAGCAUUCCAAGGAAGCAGGAACUCAAGCCCGCGGGAGAGGACGAUGGCGCGAAGAGGCGCGCUGACGACGAUGCUGACGAGUUUGACAUGAAGGGGAAAAAGGCGAAGAAGGGCAAGAAGUCGAACAAGAGCACACCGAGCAAGAAGGGCAAGAAGGGAACACCGAGCAAGAAGGACAAGGGCACGCCUGGGAAGAAGAAGAAGGGCGGAAAGAAGGGCGGGCGGCAGUAGGCAGCAGCAGCAGCUUGCCAGGCUACAGCACGAUUUUAUUUUUGUUUUGCUGGAAGCACUUCCUUUUCAACUUGUCUCGCUUCGCCUCACCUGUUGUUCAUAAUUUUCUUUCGACCAUUCAUUUGCCAUAGUGUACAAACGAGGUUGCGCCUCUGUAGUUUCGACUUUGUAUCUGUUCAGGACUAAAAGACUUGUUUCACUCGAGAUUAAACCCAGUUCCACCGAAA